GUGAGAUUGCCUUUCACAUCUCGCGCCAAACUCAAGCAGUCAAACAUGUCUAAAAAGAAAGGACUUAGCUUGGAAGAAAAAAGAAGUCGCAUGAUGGAAAUUUUUUUUGAAACUAAAGAUGUGUUUCAGCUGAAGGAUAUGGAGAAAAUUGCCCCAAAAUCCAAAGGAAUCACUCCCAUGUCAGUGAAAGGGGUGUUGCAGAGUCUGGUGGAUGAUAACAUGGUGGACACUGAGAGAGUGGGCACCUCCAACUAUUACUGGUCAUUUCCUAGUAAAGCCCUGCACGCCCGAAAACGCAGAUUAGAGGAACUGGAGAAACAACUUGAGGAUGGCAGUCAGCGUAAGAAAGCCCUUCAGCAAGCAGUUGACAAAGCCAAAGUUGGACGUGAAGUUAAUGAAGAGCGAGAGGAUCUCUUGAAGGAGCUCACGGCAUUGAAAGCUCAGCGAGAUCAGAUGAAGGUGGAAAUGGAGAAGUACAAAGAAUGUGAUCCAGCGGUGGUGGAGGAGAUCCGUGAGUAA